AUGAGAGGGGAUCUAGAGAAGAAGGCCGCCAAUGGUGCAGAUCUACAAAUCAAGAACAAAACGGAAGCGAAGCUGUUUCAAUACGCAAUAAGGACAGAAGGUGACACUCAAAGACCAGCACAAAAAGAAAAGGAUCAAUUCGGGAUCAAUCGUUCAAAGUCCAGACAAACGGGAACACAGAGACACAUAGAAAGUUCGGAGUUUCCGAGGUACGAGAAAGAAUCGAAGGAGACAGAGGAAAAGGACAAAUUGGCCCAAAACGCGGACACCAGAUGCCCGCGUGAGGAAGAGAACAGGAAUAUCUCGAGCAGUAUCAGAACAAAUUAA